GAAAUUUUAUUGUAGUAAGUAUUGCUUUUAUUUUAUUGGGUACAGUGUUUAGUUUUUGUAUUUAUUAUUUAAAAUUUAAAUUCUUGUUUGGUGGUGGAAUAUUUUAUAAAUGGAUCCUUGUAAGAAAAGAACUAUUAAUUUCAGUAAAAAGGAGGUUGGCAUAUUAAUGAGCCUUGUACUAAAAUAUAAGGGCACAAUCGAAUGUCGAAAGACUGACAAAAUGAACAACGAUUUAAAGCAGAAAGCUUGGGAGCGUCUAUCAAAUGAAUUUAAUAGCAUUUGUGGAGAUCCUUUCAGAGAUGCAAAAGUUCUUCGUGGCAAGUAUAAAAAUCAAAAAAAAAGGUCAAAACAAAAAUUUGCUGAUGAAAAAACAUACCUACGAGGAACUGGAGGAGGGCCUGUAAAACCUAAGAUAAUUGACGAUAUCGACAAACAAGUUAAAGAAAUUAUAGGUACUCAGAUGACAGGCUUUGAUUCAGAAUUUGAUGGAGAUAGUAAAUAUGGCAACAUGCAGAUGGAAACUCCUGAGGGAUCUCGUUUUAAUAUUUCUGAUUCAGAGUUACCUAAUGAAGACAUAGAGCAAAUGGAGGAAGAUGGCAAAGAUUCUAAUGAGAAAGAUAGUUUAUUGUCAGCUGCUUUACCUACCAACUGGAACAAAAUAACCCCAGAAAAGCUUCACACUCCAAAAUCGAAGCCAUGGAAAACCAUUUUGAAGAAGGCUUGUGCUAAUAAGGAAAAUAAAAAUGUUCUGUCAAAUAAAAUUAUUUCCUGGGCUGCAAAUAAAGCUGAAUUAGUCUCCAAGGAGACAGAAUAUCCUGAAAAAGAACAUCUUUUGAGAGUAGAAAUGAUGAAGGAACGCCACAAACAUCAAAUGGCACUAGAAACAAAGGAGAGUGAUGAAAGAAUUCUUAUUCAAGCUAAGAAAGCUGAACUAGAGCUGGAGAUCCUUCAACUGAAAAAAAGAUCAGCUGCUAUCUGCUAAUAAAUGAUGUCUGUUUUAAAAAUUUAAAAAUAUGUAUAUGUAAAAUAAGUUGUAUUUUAUUUAUAAAAUAAAAAAAUGUGUUUAAAAUUUAA